AUGGAUUUAUUUACCAUUCUCUUUGUUUUGUUAAUUUUAUUUUUCAUAUUCGAUUAUAAUUUUUGCGCAAAGGGGUUGGUCUUUUCGAUUGGAAACAAAUCUCUGCGGAUUCUCAAAGGAUGCAGCAGCCUGGAGCGAGUUUACCGGAGCCCGCUUUACCUGUUGCACCCAGUGCUGCAACAACUGUUUGUGCACAUCUUCUACAUUUACGUGGAAAAAAAGAAGGCAUACGUAAAUCACCUCAUAUGGAAAAAAACGAAAGAAAAGGAAAAGGAAACGAGAAAGAAAAGGAAAGAGAAAACAAAGAAUAGCAACACACGUAAGACAAAAUGCAAAGGAACACUAAACAUACCUCAGUUCAUAGGAGCAACUGCUGGCCAAAUUAAAAAAUGGGUGAGAAACAAAUUAUGGCAAUUUUUCUUCUUCAUUAUUGAAUAUACACGAGUGUACGAGAAUAUGUGCCUCAAGUCCAACAUCAACACAAGGGAAGUUCUCAAUAAUAACAACUUUGGAGUUGUAAUUGUGGACUACUAUCUGCCCAAUUGUACUGUUAAGAAAAAAAAAAAAAGCUAUGAAAGUGCGAAAAAGGAUAACUACGAAAUCGAUUUGUACGAUUUGGUAAAUAUAAAACAGGAGAAAAAAAUCAAACUCAUUUUAAUUGACCAGAAAUGGAAAGCCGCGCUGAAUAUAGGACCGAUAAAUGAUGCCCAUGUCCAGUUUCUCUACCUGCAAGAUACCGUCCUGAUUCAGUAUUUCCAGUUUGCCUGCAUAUUUAAGGAGGAAUUCUUAAAGGAGUCUAAUGAGUCCCAUGUGGAUGGAGGGGACCCACCCGAGGGAGGGGCAGAAGAGGAUCACGUUGAACAGGACAGGACAAAUGGGAACCAUGGGAGGUGUCCCACACAGGGGCAAGAAAACGCAGUGAAGGAAGAAGCCGCAGGGAAGGAAGAAGCCACAGUGAAGAGAAGCCACGUCCAAGGCGAACAAUUUGACGCAUGUGACGAACAAAGUGGACAUCAGAACUCCCUCUCGGGGGAGUCAUCCACUAUAGAAGAAUCGGAAGAAGUACACACAGGUAGGAAGCAGAAUGGACUGACGAUAGGUUCACAAAAGUGCACACCCGAACAGAAAAACAAAAUUGAUGGGGACGGCAGCAACGAAAACGCCGUGGAGGAUAAAAUAAGAACCCACAUGAAUAAGUGGAAGUACAAAAAUGUGAAAGGAAUAAUCGUAAUCGUUCCGGAAAUAUUUUACAAUUAUCUGAACCUAGAAGAAGUAAAGAACACUGUGCCUCUAUAUUACGUACUUGCGAAAGAUGUGAAAAUAGACUCCUUCACAGUUAUCGCCAAAUUGCUGGGAUAUAUCUGUGUGCACGUCCAUAUUAACAUUAAUUUUGGCUUGUCCAUUCCGUUCAUUUUUAGCAACAAAAAUGCCAACAUACUGAAUAUUGCCAAUGUGGAAAGUAGAAAUGGUGUUGCCAUUGGGGGAAAGCCAAGCGGAAAUGUAAAUCAGCAGUACAUCCAUGGCUGUCCGCAUGAAAACAGUGGAAUGCCACCUAAACAGCCUGUUUCAUCUUACAAGACAAGCCAGGACAGAGAUCCCCCCUUGCGUGAGAACUUCCUCCAUGAUGAGAAGAAGCGCGUGCCCGACGACGACAACCAGAUUUCUAGUCGACUCUUCGAAAAGGUGGACAACAGUAAUAGGAACAGAAGUGCAUGUGAUAAUCUCAAUUUAGAGACGACAUUAAAAACUUGUGCAAGUGUAAAAACGAGGAAAGAUGGAGAGGUACAUGCUGCGGGAGGAACAAACACUCAGUUCAACGCGCCGCUUUUCUCAUGCCCAUUCUCCUUCUAUAGCGACAACUACAACGAUUUGAAUAUUGCCAUGGCACAUUUUAAAUCAAUUUUUAAAAAUCACAAUUUCGUUUUCCUCGGCUUCAAUGAUGGCACAAAUAUUCUGCUAAAUUACUUUUUGGAAAAAAUUUACAAAAAGAAAAAAAACAAAACAACAGGUGAUAAUAGCAAAACUCCCCAUUUCAAUUUACACAAUGCCAGUGCGUACAAAUACUCGCUAUUAAAUUACAAAGUGAAGGGGAACGCCGACCAGAAAUUGGACCCAUUAAAUAAUCAGAGUAAAGAAAAGGAAAAAAACAAUUCGAAAAUUGGGCAGACCAACAAAAGCGAAGAAGACGAAAUGAUAAAUCAGCCGAGUUAUAAAAAUAAUAUUAUGAAUAUUUUUUUUAAAGAAAAAAAAAAAGGCGAAAGUGAACGCACAAAUGGGAAAAACUGCUUUAAAGAAGUUAAAAAAUGGCACAUUGAAAAUUUGAUAUCUGACAUGAGACUGCGAAAGGAUGAAAAUUCCAUUUUGCACCAUAACCAUGUGAAGGACAAACAAGAGGGACAGCAUUCUGCCCAUAGCAGAAACUUUAUGGAGGAAAACCCGAAUGAGUCAUAUGGAGUCUCUUACCAAGUGACAAACCUGCCUGUGAUACAUAUACAUGGGGUGGAUGACAAGAUGGAUAAUCACCCCGUGAGAUGUAGCCACGAUGAUGUUGUGAAUAACCGACCCAUGGGAGGGCACCGUAUGGAAGGAAAAGGAGGAGAACAAUACGAAGCUGAGCAGGAGUAUUCCGAUUAUACGGAUUGCCAUCACAAAGGGGGAGACGAAAAAUCCGAUGACAGACACACACAAGAAGGAAACGGUGACCUGAAUAAUGACUCGUCCAUUUCUGCAAAAAAUAAGAAAAAAAAAAAACAUAUGGGAAAAAUAAAAAAUAUGAAAGAAAAAUGGAAAAAGAAAAAAAUAGAGUCAUUUAUGAAUCUAUCUAAAUUAAAUUUUUUUAACAAAGGUAAAGACAUUUGGGGGAAAAACAACUUCGUGAAGGAGAGCGAAUUUAACGCAGUUCCUGCGAUGGAAGGCGACAACAACUUGUAUUCUGACAUGUCUAAAUAUAACAUUAAAAGUGCCAGGAACAAAAAGGACGUAAACAGCGAUAAGGAGGGCAAUCCCCAUUGUAACAAUAGGGACAGUAACCAACGGGCAAUCCCCCGUUUGGCCCAUUCUGCGGCAGGUGAGGGGGAAGACCUGGUUGGCCAUGAGUCGACCAUCUCCCUUGGCACAGUGCGUGGUGAGAGACUCCAUAAACAACCGGGGGAUAGUGGAGUCGGGCAAUAUGAUGAAGGCGUAGGAGAAGACAAGGAAAACCGUAAUGGUGACCACAAUGAGGUCCAAAACGAGGAGGACGACGAAGAUUAUAUCCACUCUCUCAACGACAGAGAAGAGGGACCCAAACCGAUCGAAGCUCCCCCCCCUGACUUUGACACAAGUUCGAUGAAAAAAAAAAAAAAAAUGAUAAAGAUAAACGUACUUGACAAAUUCCGAAAUAAAGAAACCAAGGUGAUGACGGAGGGACGUCAGGUCGAAGACCCAUCAGGCAUUUCGCAAAAAUUUAGGUACAGCUUUUUCCGAAUAAAAAAUAAAAUCACAAGAAAUUUCAAAAACCCCGAAUGCAAAAAGACACAGCAAGAAAAAAAUAUCAUGGACAGAGAUCAAAUGAUGAUAAACUCGUUUAUUAAAAAUAAAAAUGUACUACUUCCGGAAGAGGAGAGUAAUUAUUCGGAUACCUCCACAUGUGAUGAAUAUGGAAAAAAAGGCACAAAAGAAAUAUGCCUUUUAAUAAAUUUUUCCUACAGUAAUAUGUUUGACAUAUUUAAUUAUCCAGAUGAUUUUAAGGAGACAAAAAAAAAAAAAUUCUCCCUAAUACAUACAAUUUUUUAUUCUGUGCAUAUUUUUUGGAAAUCCUUUUCGACCCUCAUUAAGCAGAGGUACUUCUUCUCCUGCACGAGUGAGUUGACGAAAUUUUUCAAGGCGUCUUUAUUUCACCGUGUCCGUUUUGAGGCACCAAAUAGGCGAGGUCCCCAGGGCGAGGGAAGUACCUCGGGGGGCACCUUGCGCUUUGGAGUGCCCACCAGUAGGGAGGAGGCAGAAGAGCCCGUGGAAGGUGUUAAUAAUGGGGAAGAUUGCCAAGCUUCGCUAAGUAGACACUCCGUUGCUGACCUAUCUCUUAACAAUGGAGAAAUUCCUUUGAGUGGAAAUCCAAGUGAUGGGGAUUUCUCGAAUUAUCCCAUUAAACCAACGAAUGGCGACGAUAAUAACCUCUUCUCCCUCAGCUUUGUUAAAACUGAUGCACAUCCCGAUCCCCAUCCCAAUCACAAUUACCAAAAUGAAAAUCGGUGCAAUUCCAGCGGUAAGAAGGGAAGUUUCCUCAACAUAGGAAAAUCCACACGAAGCAGUAACAGUGAGCGUCUUAACAACGUCAGGCGUAGCAGUGGCAAUGAAUCCAUCCCGAACGACAUGAACGAUGGGCAACUCGAUAUUUGUCGCACAGACUUGACGAAUGAUGAAGACAGUCAUCGGUUUAGCACCACCAACAAGAGUAGAGAAAGCGCAACGAAUCAGAGCUUCUUCAGAGGGAGCCAUCUCUCCUGGCAGAAUCAUCACGAUGGUAGCCAUUUGGUAGAUCACUCCGGCAGCGCACAUGUACCCAUUAUGAGUGGUAACGGCGAAGUGUCACGCUCUUCCAACCCUCGUGAUUGCUGCUUCCAGAGGAACUUCUUCGAAGCGGACAUAUCGUUGUUGUGUGGCGAGCGCGAAAGGGGCGCCAAAUUCCCCAACGAUUGUGACUUCGCAAAUGGAGUGUCCCCCAAUUGUGGCUUCCCAAGUGGGGACUUCCCCAAUUACGACUGCUUGGUCCCCCUGGAGGGCCUAACCAACGAGGGGCACUCUCCGAACGGGGCGCCACUCUCCAAGGACCAACCCCGCGCAGCACAGAAAGAGGUCCAUAAAAUAUACGGGGGAAAUUCUCCACGUGAAGAAUCGUUCCAAAGCGCAAUGAAAGUAUAUUUUAAUGCCAAGGCUAUUUAUGACAAGUGGAAAAUAUAUUUUGAAAAAAACAACUUCCAAGGAAACGCGCAAGAAAAAUUUUUGUUUAACCUUUCCUUCAUUUAUAACGUGUACAACUACCUAGUAUGGAUAUACAUAUGCACGUAUUUUAACGAAGAAACCUAUUUUAGCUUUUGCGAGAGCCACAAAUUUUACCAAUUCACGAAAGAAAUAAAUUUCCUUAAUGAGAAAAAAGAGUUUAAGCGGAAUAGCAGUUUUGUGUCUACCAGUGACAUGUCCAUCAUAAUUCCCCAUUUUUUUUAUCCAAAGGAUUACAAAUUGUUAAAGGUUUUUUUGUACAUGCUACAAGAUUCAGCCAACCAAUUUAUUUCGAAAAAUAUUGAACAUUUUCAAUUCCCCCUGGUUUUCAUUUUCUGCUCAGACUCCAGAAAUUUCCAUUUCACUCAUUUUGACAUCAUAAAAAUUUCGAAAAAUAAUAACCUCAUUUAUUUGUUGUACAAGAGGGGCAAUGAGGGGUUGUUUUUGUCUGGCUUCAGGCCGUACAUAUGGAUACACAAAGUCCUAUUCGAUUUUGUGGAGUCCUUGUUCUUAUCGACUUUUGACGAUUAG